ACUGGUGCUGAGCCAUAUUUGAAUGAAUGACCUAUAGGCAAAAACAUUUAUAUCCGUUUCCUGAUCUUGUGAAGAAUACAGACCUUCUGAAUGCAGCAUUCAGCAUAAUGGUAGUAAAGUUAAAAAGAAGUGCUGCUUUGAUUUUUUGUUUUGUUUUGGUUUUUUAUAUAAUCAUGCCUGGAACCAAAAGUUGGAGCACUUGGGAGUGAUGAAACUGCGGUAAACAUGAUUAUCGCUCUAAUCUUACCUGAAAUCCUUCUGAGUGGAUAUGUAUACCAAUGCCAGAGAACACAGUGAAGGGAUUAUUUUGUUAGGAAAGGGAAAAGAAUUGCGAAGGACCUAACUGGAAUGGUAAAUGUGUGUCUAGUUUAUUGCUGGUAUGGCUCUUCCACCUCCAGAUCCACAGUUUGUUCUACGGGGUACUAGUGCUGAAGUCAAUACUCUACAUUUUUACUGUGGAGGCCAAGAACCCAACUACCCCAUUCUCUUCUCUGGGUCUUCCAAUGGGCUGAUCCAUAUCUGGAACCUGAAGACACGCAGGGUGGACACAAUUCUAGAUGGCCAUGAAGGAAAAUCUGUGUACUGCGUGAAAGCAAUCUAUGGCAAAGACAGGCUCCUCAGCCAGGGUCGUAACCAAAAGAUCUGCCUCUGGGAUUUGGCAGAAGGAAGGAACACAGUGACAGAUUCUAUUUUCACUGAAAAUGUGGGAUUUUGCAAAUGUUCUCUGCUGAAGGUAGCACAGCAAUGUUGGCUAUUGGCCGUGCCAGGAAAAGACCUAGAUGAGAAAUGCACACACUAUAGUGCUUUGCUGGAUCCAGGCCAGAAUGCUCAACAUCUUGCAGAAGCCAGUCCUAGGCCUGUUCAGAUUUUGGAGCUGCCAACCAAGACAUCAGUCUGUACCUUGAAGCCAGAGGUGGAUGCCAAACCGGGCAUGCCUAUGUGUCUGAAGCUAUGGCAGCCUGACUUUGGUUCAUGUCCUUUUCUUCUGGCUGGCUACGAGGAUGGAUCAGUGAUUCUGUGGAAUUUAUCAGGGGGAAAAAUGUUAAGCCGACUUGCAUGCCACCAAGAGCCAGUCAUGAGUCUUGACUUUGACUCUGAAAAGACGAAGGGCAUUUCGGGCUCAUCUGAGAAGAUGCUUAGUGUCUGGAGCCUCGAUGAGCAGCAGAACUUAAAGAUUCAGAAAAUGCAUAAACUUGUCAAUGCUGGGAUUGCUGAUGUUACCAUCCGCCAAGACAAGAAGAUCCUGGCAACAGCAGGGUGGGAUCAUCGUAUCAGGAUCUUUGGCUGGAAGAAACUGAAGCCCUUGGCAAUGCUGGACUACCACACAGCAACUGUCCACUGUGUGUCCUUCUCAGAUCACAGUAGGCCAAGUGAAAGGCUGCUGGCAGCUGGCUCCAAAGACCAUCGCAUUAGUAUCUGGUCAAUCUAUAAUCAAACAUGAGGAACUCUGGACUGGAGAACAGAAAGCAAGACUGAUAAACCAGGAAUUUGUUUAUUUAUAAACCAGGAAUUGUUUUAUAUUAAAAUCUGGGGAUGAGGAAGUAUUAGUCCAUCUGCAGUUUGAGUUGCAAGUUCCCCAGAAGGACCUCUUCUCCAUAGAAAAUGUUUUCCAGUGUAAGGGAAAAGCUAAGGCUAAGAAGGAAAGAAUGAAUGAUCGCGUAGUUAAGGCAAAGGCCUACCCAAGUUGGAUUCUGCUACAUGCUCUGCUGCAUGCUUCUUUUGGCAAAUUGUUGUAAUUGUUUGCACCAGUUUCAUCUAUAAAAUGGAGAUGGGUGCUGUCACUCAGGCAUAUGUGGUUUAGAGAACACUGAUUUCUAAAUCAUAUUGAGAUCCUAAAUGUGCUUAAGUGAAAAGAAUCAGUUUUAUGUACACUUGAACUCCAUUAAACUAUCCACAAGUU